AUGGAUAACAAUGACCAGUUUGCUGGUCUAGACGUGAACUCCACCAUUCAGAGUGGAGAAAAAGCUGGAGUAUAUAAACCUCCUCACCUUCGUAAUCGUAGCAACCAAGGAAGUGGAUCUCAAACCACUAGUGAUUGGAGUUCACAAACUAAUCGUGUAAGUGAAAGAGAUAGUCGUGAACCAACUGAUUGGGACCGAAACCGAUAUUCAGAUAAAGGUGAUCGAUACAGAGAUCCUUACAAUAGAGAAUCGUCUGGAAGGACUGAUAGUUAUAAUAGAAGCUAUCCAAGCCGAAAUGAUUCAAGUAGUCGAAAUUACAGUGACUAUGAAGAUUUUAAAAAUGUAAAUAAUUGGGAAGGUAAGUUAAAAUUUGUGAUAAUGCCAUUGUUUCUUUUUUUAUUUGACUUAUUUUGAAGAAUAGC